AUCUUUUCUAUUUUAAUUUUUCUCUUUCUUUUUUGUUUUUCCUUUUAAUUUAAACGCCAGCAAUAAAACACCGAGAAAUAAAUUUACUUUGUAGCUUUAUGAAUUUGCCUUGGCUGAUUGCAAUGGUGGAUAGAAAAACUAGGGUAUGUUCUUUGGGGAAUUUUACAUUCGAAAAUUUCAUUUUGCCUGUUUAUAGCGUUUCUUCAUUUCCCUUUUUAUUUAUUUGUUGGAGAAAAAAAAUGGAGGAUGGGGAGUUGUUCGGAUAAUGGUUCCUUCAAUCUUCUUUCGUUUUUUUUUUUCACCUCUUAUUUGUCUUCAGUUUUUGCAAUGGGUUGGUGUAGGAGGUUAUUGUGUUCCCAUGUGUGGUUAAAUUUUGGAGAUGGGUGAUGCAAAAGAGAGUGAGGAAGCAGGGCAGAAUGUACCCUUUGCUGAAGCACAGGUUCAGCCUGAAGGUUUGGCUGCUCCUGUGUCCGUUGAGGAUACUUUAAAUUAUGUUGAAAAUUGGAAGGUGGAGGUAGACGCACCUAUGGAGGAUAAAAAUGUGAAACCAGAAGCCAAUUCAGAGUGCAUUCCACAACAAAAUGUUGUAAAUAGCAAAAAUACUCUUCACUCAGUCCCUGCAAUAGACAGUGUUCAAGCUUUAAAUAAAACCGAAGGUGAAUAUGCAUCAGUUGUGAAGACCAAAGCUGAAGAAGUUCCUCAGUGUGAUAAGGGCAUUGAGAAUGAUGCUAAUGUUUGUCAAAACAAUGCUGAUGUUGCUGACACGGCUGUAGAGGUGAAGCCGAAAUCUUUUGAAGUGACUGAUAGUAAAACUCACAAUAAUGAUGACUCCAACUCCAUAAACUCUGGUCAUCAUGAGCCUAAUACUCCAGAAGCUGUUCCUACUGAUAUAAAACCUGAAAUCAAGAGUGGAUUAGACAUUGAGAAUAAAAUUAAUGAAAAGCAGGUUGCUGUUGCACAUGUAGAUAAUGGAAAUUCGAUCUCAAAGAACUUGUGUUUUUUGGAUCCCGACUAUUCAUAUGAUGGUAAUGAGUCAGGAACAGAAGAGGAGCAGUCAGCUUUUAUGAAGGAGCUUGAAAAUUUCUUUAGGGAGAGGAGCAUGGAAUUCAAACCACCCAAGUUCUAUAAAGAGGGGCUCAAUUGCCUUAAGUUAUGGAGAUCUGUAAACAGAUUGGGUGGCUAUGAUAAGGUCACCUCAUGUAAAUUGUGGCGGCAAGUGGGAGAGUCUUUCAAACCUCCGAAGACAUGCACCACAGUUUCAUGGUCUUUUCGGGUUUUUUAUGAGAAGGCACUUCUUGACUAUGAAAGACAUAAAACAAAAGGUGGUGAGCUGAAUCUACCUAUUACUUCCCAUUCAGAGCCAAUGAAUUUUGAAAAUCAGUGUGUCCAGGGUUCAGCAUCAGGUAGGGCACGGAGAGAUGCUGCAGCAAGGGCUAUGCAGGGUUGGCACUCACAACGUCUCCUUAGCAAUGGUGAAGUUGGUGAUCCUAUUAUUAAGGAUAGGAAUUCUUUGUCUACGCAAAAGCGUGAAAAGCAGCUUAGAAGCAUCAAUUUACUUAAACGCAAGAAACCUUCAGACAUGGAUAAUGCAGUCAAAAUGGCACUUAGUAAACCAUCUAAACCACAAUUGGGGAUAUCUGUGGUAGACAUUGGACCUCCUGCUGAUUGGGUAAAAAUCAACGUUCAAAAAACUAAAGAUUGUUUUGAGGUCUAUGCUUUAGUUCCUGGCCUUCUUCGGGAAGAGGUGCGUGUUCAAUCAGACCCAGCUGGACGCUUGGUCAUUAGUGGUGAGCCCGAGCAUUCUGACAAUCCAUGGGGGGUGACACCAUUCAAGAAGGUUGUCAGCUUGCCUUCAAGAAUUGAUACUCAACAGACGUCAGCUGUGGUGACCUUGCAUGGACAGUUGUUUGUUCGAGUUCCAUUUGAGCAAUCAGAAUAGAUAAGGCUCAUAUGAACUAUGAACUAAUUUACCAUGGCUUAUAGGAUAAUUGACCCCCAAGCUUCCAAGUUCCACUAACUUUGAAUUCUGUUAACAAUAUUUAUUUAAAAUUUCCAACAAAUUUUCUCUGGUCAAGCUUUAAGAUUUUAACCAUUUCAGCUAGGUAGGGUUUUCUAAUUGUUGAAAAUCAUACCAUAAUAAAGUGGCAGCGUUGGUAGUGAAAUUACAGUUGGCUGUUGAUCUUUUGUUUGUAAACACAAUACUCUGCUACAUUUGCUUCAAUAUUUCAUUAAUAAAAUCACAUUAUUAAUCUUUC